AGCCAAUUGCAGUUCGAGCAUAUUUCGUUUCAUCUUUGCACACUCUAGACCUUUCAGGCCACAGACUAUUAUCACAUUCCCUGUCAACGUUUACAAACUCCCAAUUAACGUCCUCAAAAUGAUCAUCACCUGUCCCAAGGAAGGCGAUGUUGUAGACGUCACCAAGGACUGGACCGUGUGCUGGGAAGAUCUUAUCGAGGCAAAUUCUUUUGACAUCAGGCUCACCCACUUGACAUCCCCACCAGCCGAGAAUGUAUUCAUCACAACCGUGACUAAUGCACCUAAAGCGGGACAGAAAACCAUUCCCGGGGGCCAUAUUGAUGGUAUCGCAGGCGGUCCCGGAUACCGAGUCUGGGCUACUCGUGUUGGAACCAGCGAGCCACCUCUCGCGGAGUCCAAGACCUUCACCGUUCAGAAUUGAAUGAUAACAAGGGCGUAGUCCCGCUAUGACUUGGAGCAAUAUUGAUGGGACGGUCCUCUCUCGUUUCUGGUUUUGCUAAGUUUUCGCUCUUUAAAUACGAAGCCUGGGCUCUGUGUGUCAGCUGAUUGCCAAUCUUCCAACAAGUUGGCGUAGGUUAGGAAACUAUGAUAGGAAAUGCGUGGCUGGGAUAUCCUCGUCUCUCUGUUAUUGUACCUGCCUGUCUCUACUUAUUCAUCUCUUUUUGCCAAGAAUGUCAGGUUUUUGUUCGUAUCUUCCCAAUUCGCAGUAUAGCUUUACGUUGCCCAAUGAGCAAGUAUGCAAUUGCAAGGAUGUAGUAAAUGACUUCACACUUCGGGAUUCAUACUGGUUAUUAAAAGGCACCUUGACAGAAAGAAGGUAUAAUCGUUCCACCACGCCAAGCGCCGAAUAGCUAGAUUCGAAAGCCUAAAAGGCUACUAGAAAGGAGACGCAGCGAAUCAGGGACAGUCGAAGGAACUACCAAUAUAUUGAUUGAGGAAGUACAACCGAAGCGUGGGAUGAUAUCCAAUCAGGCAUAAGCAUGUUCAUAGUGUCGGCAGGGUAGUCGCUUAACACUUCCUAAAGAAAGACCAAGAUAUACAUAGUAUACGUGGAGGUAUCAGCGAUUGGAC